GCCAACACACUACUCCUCCUUCCACAACAGCAACAAUCUUCAUUACUUCCAUUUUCACACCACCAUCGCCAUGUCUACGAAAGGAGACUGUGGUCACCACCACGGCUGCAAACGCCAUAAACUCUUCCGUCGAAUCUUUGCCGGCAUCCUCGUCUUCAUCCUUAUCGUCCUCAUCGUCAUCCUCCUUGUCUGGGCCAUUCUCCGCCCCACCAAACCAACAUUCGUCCUCCAAGACGCCACCGUUUACGCCUUCAACGUCUCUUCCCCCAACCUCCUCACCUGCAACUUCCAAAUCACCAUCUCUUCGCGUAAUCCCAACGACAAUAUCGGUGUUUACUACGACAAGCUCGAUGUUUACGCCACUUAUCGGAGCCAACAAAUAACCUACCGGACGGCGAUUCCUCCCACUUAUCAGAGCAGCAACGAGAUUAAUGUUUGGUCACCGUUUGUUUACGGCACCGACGUGCCUGUGGCGCCGUACAAUGCUCUUUUGUUGAGCCAAGAUGAAGGUACUGGGGUUAUUCCUUUGUUGUUCAAGCUUGAUGGACGGGUCAGAUGGAGAGUUGGGACCUUUAUAUCGGGGACGUACCAUUUGCACGUGAAUUGCCCGGCGUAUAUCGAUUUCGGGUCGAAGCAAGCCGGGAUUCCCCUCGCGAAUAACGCCGUUAAGUAUCAGCUUGUAGUGAGGUGCAGUGUGAAUGUGUAAACGAUGGCUGACCGCUCGAAGAAGAAGAAGAAGAAGAAGAAGAUGGUUCCGUUAAAGUAGCGUUAUCUCUUUCCUCUUUUGCAAACCGUUUAGUUUUUUUUUUUUUUUUAAAUAUUUCUUUUUCUUAUUUUUAUUAAGAAUUACAUUGUACAUUUUGCUAUAGAACAAUAAAGGGAGGAAAUGAAAACAAAUAGCAAAAUUACAAUUUGUGAAGAUGUCAUUUAGAAAAAGAAAAUUAUAAAUAAUAAAAUAAAUCAGUUUUUGUCUUU